AGUAGGUUUCUCUACAGAUCCAGCGCCUUUAAACCCUGAGCACACUUUUUUAAAAAGGAAGAAAUUAAGGCUUAAGGAACUAGAGAGUCGCCUGCAACAAGUGGAUGGAUUCGAAAAGCCCAAGCUCCUUCUAGAACAGUAUCCAGCCAGGCUGCACAUUGCAGCAUGUAUGCUCUAUACAAUCCAUAAUACAUAUGAUGACAUUGAAAAUAAAGUGGUUGCAGAUCUAGGAUGUGGCUGUGGAGUGCUUAGCAUUGGAACUGCAAUGCUAGGAGCAGGGUUGUGUGUUGGAUUUGACAUAGAUGAAGAUGCAUUGGAAAUAUUUAAUAGGAAUGUAGAAGAGUUUGAGUUAACAAAUGUAGAUAUGGUUCAAUGUGAUGUAUGCUCAUUAUCUAACAGAGUGCCCAAAUCAUUUGAUACAGAAAUUAUGGAUCCUCCUUUUGGGACCAAAAAUAAUAAAGGGACAGAUAUGGCAUUUCUGAAGACUGCUUUGGAAAUGGCGAGAACAGCAGUAUAUUCUCUACACAAAUCCUCAACUAGAGAACAUAUUCAAAAGAAAGCUGCAGAGUGGAAGGUCAAGAUAGAUAUUAUUGCAGGUGGCUUUUGUUUUAUAGAGCUGCGAUAGGACCUGCCAGCAUCAUACAAGUUUCAUAAAAAAAAAUCAGUAGACAUCGAAGUGGAUUUAAUUUGGUUUUCUUUAUAAUAGCCUCCAAAGACAAAAGCAGCUUAAAAUCUAAUUAAAAUGAAUAAAAAAUUUGUUUAUUAAAAA